UCCUAACAGUGUCCCCCCCAGUACUCAGAUACCCCCAGGACCAAACUGUGUAACAGCCGGACCGUCCCAUGAAGAAUAAUACAAAGCACAUAUAACAGCACUAGCAGGUAAGAGGAAAGCCAGGAGAUAGGAACUCAUCAGAAGAUGACUGCACCAGGAUGGGGAUGGUAACCAGAUGUUGGAACAAACAGAUGAUGGGGGUUAUAUGGUGAGCGGAUGAUUGAACAGACAAUAAGUGACCCUGACCCAAGCAUUCCCUUAAUCUUUACCUAGAUCUGUCCUUAGACGCUGACCCCAAUACCAUCAUAGACAUCACUGUCCUUCACUGUCUCUACAGACAUUCCUGUGGAAAACCCUAAUCUGUAAAACUGACCCUAAAACAAACAGGAGAACACAAAUAUGCAACCCAAACUGAUCAGAGCUGAACUACAAUCAAGGCAGGACAGACUGCAACAUGGAACAUUCCCCACCACCCACAUACACACAAACUACAAGACUGAAAAGUAAAGACAGGACUGAAAUAACUAUAGGAACAAAACUACACCCGAUAUGGGAUACUAGAAAAUAAAAUGAUUACUUGAUUCAAAAGCACAGAGCUUACACUAUAACCAGCAGCCCCUGCAGAAACUAGUAAUAUUUACAGCGAGGCUAACCAGUCAGGAGCUCCUCUCCAAACAAGGUGAGCUACAGAAGAGAGGUCGGCUGAGCAAGAGAUCAGCUACUGUAUAAUACAUAGCAACUGCCCCAACAUACUAGUAGACAGGAGAAGAGGAAACCAUAGGAGUGUUCCCGCUGAUCCUAGCCCAUUACACUAAGGUGGUAACGACUCCCUCAGGUCUGCGCUGUGACUCUCCAGGACGUGCUCAGUAAUAUCAGGGUGACAGGUCCCUUCCAUGAUUCUCCUGGACGUGUCCUGGUGUCCCUCUGUGCAGCAUUUCACAAGCCUCAUGUCACAUACUGUCUGGACUGCACUGGAUUCUGGUGUCCAAAUCAGGAAUAUGUAAGAUGUCCACAUAUGUGUCUUCCAUACAGUAAGUUGUGAGGAUUGGGCUGCCAUACCUCUAAUAGGGGGUAGGUUUCCUGGCCCUCCUGACACCUCUGUUGCAUACAAUGACUUAUUGUUAUAAUGCUAGAGUCAAUUAUUACAUUUUUCAGUUGGCUUGCUUCUUCUUUCCUAAGGUUAUUUCUGCCUUCAACAACUGGUGUAUAGUCCGUUCAGGUUCUCACUUGAGUUGAUCAAAAUAGAUUAAACUUGAUGAAUCUGUGUCCUCUCUUAAGGCAAUGUAACUAUGAGUUUCUCACACCGGUUCCUUUGCCAUGGUUGAUUUCUGAGAUAUAACACAAACUCGUCCUACAUCACAGCAUCAGUAUUGGUUAUGGACUUGGCCCCUUCUCAUUCCUUCUGCUGUAACAUUGCCAUCAAUUGUUGUAUGCUGUUCAUGGACGGGGGCAGCGUCUCCUUCUCCUUCUGACGCCAGGCAAAGAAUCUUUUUUUGCAGUAUUCUGUUUGAUCACGGAUGCCCAACUUGCCGCCCUCCAACUGUUGCAAAAUUUACAACUCCCAGCAUGCCUGGACAGCCUACAGCUAUUAGGGAAUGCUGGGAGUUGUAGCCUUGCAACAGCUGGAGGGCCGCGGAUUGAGCCUCCCUGUGUUAGAUGAUUGAUCUCCAGGAUGUGAGAAACCUGUGCAUAUGAUUGGCUGACUCUUGCCUGUUGUAACAGCUCUGUUCUCCUUGCCUGACCCUUCUAUGUACUUAGGGCCAUUCUGCUUUUAGGUGUGGGGUCACAUGACACAAUUGGACAGCCCUCUUGUCAGUUAUGAAUUUUAAUAGCUGCCUUCAAUUUGUAAAAGAUGAUUUUAAAAAAUGUUUUGUUUUUGGUAGAUGACUGUACUGGGCACUUGGAGAAACAUCUCAUAUCUACAUAUUAUAAUGCAGAUGAUCCAGGUGUCCUAUCAGAUACAUAUGAAGAGCGUGCCAUUAUCCCAGAUUUACCCUCGGACCUUCACAGCAAAAAUCUAUCAUCUCAUCCUUUAAAACAGAUCCGAUCUUCUAAUUCAUCACAUACUCUUCCUCAGAAUGAAACUCGCAGAAGAUGUUCUGGAACCCAAAAAAGAGCUCAGAAAAAGCCGUAUUCAUGCUCAGAAUGUGGCAAAUGUUUUACUUGGAAAUCAGGCCUUUUUCAACACCAAAGACAUCACACAGGGGAGAAGCUGUAUUCAUGUUCAGACUGUGGGAAAUGUUUUACUAUCAAAUCACAUCUUGAAAACCAUCAGAGAAUUCACACAGGAGAGAAGCCAUUUUCAUGUUCAGAAUGUGGAAAAUGUUUUAAUCGGCAAUCAGCUGUUGUUCAACAUCAGAAAAUUCACACAGGAGAGAAGAGAUAUUUAUGUUCAGAAUGUGGGAAAUAUUUUACUCACAAAUCAAAUCUUGAGAGGCAUCAAAUAAUUCACACAGGAGAGAAGCUGUAUUCAUGUUCAGAAUGUGGGAAAUGUUUCACUCGGAAAACAUCACUUGAGAGCCAUCAGAGAAUUCACACAGGGGAGCUGUAUUUAUGUUCAGUAUGUGGGAAAUGUUUUACUAAGAAAUCAUCUCUUGAGACCCAUCAGAGAAUUCACACAGGGGAGAAACCAUAUUCAUGUUCAGAAUGUGGGAGAUGUUUCACUCAGAAAUCACCACUUGAGAGCCAUCAGAGAAUUCACACAGGGGAGAGACCAUAUUCAUGUUCAGUAUGUGGGAAAUGUUUUACUAAGAAAUCAUAUCUUGUUCAACAUCAGAGAAUUCACACCGGAGAGAAGCCGUUUUCAUGUUCAGAAUGUGGCAAAUGUUUUACUCACAAAUCAUAUCUUGUUCAACAUCAGAGAAUUCACACAGGAGAGAAGCUGUAUUCAUGUUCUGAAUGUGGCAAAUGUUUUACUCGGAAAUCCUCUCUUGUUCAACAUCAGAGAAUUCACACAGGGAACAAGCAAUUCUAAAUCCUUCCUGUAAAAUAUGCCAUAAAUUUCCAUAUUUUUUCUUGCUAUCAUUUAUAGCGAGAAGACUCAGCUUUGUUUAUAAAAAUAUUGCAUAUAUAUUGAAGCAGGAAUUAAAAGAAAAUAUCAGUAUAUUCGGAAGUGUAGUUACAGCUGUUAUAAUUGUAGAUCUUAAAGGGGUUGUACAAGAAUGAGGGGGUUUGGCAAACUCCCCCACUUUACUGGAUCUGUAAAGGGAAGAUUACUUACCUGCUUCCUGGCGCUGGCUCUCCGCUCCUUCUCUUCCAAGCCUGCAAUGCUCGGCUGGGCUCAUCUGGUUUGACAUUGCCACAGCCGAUACUGGCCGCGGCGGAGACCGGAUCCCCUUGUGUCAUGUGACUAUUUGCCAUGACGUAAGGAAAACUAGUAACCAUGAUCAUCCAUGAAUUAUAUAAUACUAGAAUUUAAUCCCGUUACAAUAACAGGCGCUAGAACAGUAGUGCAUACACAUUAGUAGGAACAGUCUAUAUUAAAUGGCAAGGGAACUUGACCAUAUUUGUGGCCGCGGCUGAGAUUGCUGACUGUGACAGACUGGUGGCACUGA